UAGGCAUAGCAGAGAAAGAGUGACUGAGAGAGAGAGAGAGAGAGAGAGAGAGAGAGGGGGGGAAAAGACCUUGUUUUUGUGUGUUAGUAACGCUAUAUCGGCCAUGGAUUCUUCGGACCCUCUAGAAAUUGCAUGUCAGAUCCGUUACAAUUCCUUUGAGGGUCUCUUCUGAAUAUUUUGUGGGCGAAGUUUAACCAAUUUACAAUAGCAUUUUGGUUCUAUAUCUCGUCUUCUGAUUAUCCUUCUGCCCUAUUAUAGAUAUUUUUUGGUUCUCGGAUGGUUCGAAUUCCUGUGACGACAGAGAUGUCAUUUAAGAGCCAUAAUUUGUUGGUGAUGAUGGUGGAGUUUCGAUUCUGCUGAUUGAUUGGUUUGGUUUGAUAAUCUGGUCACUUUUGGCAAUGACGAGACGCAGGGAACGGACCCUGAGAGAGCUCUACGUUAUCACUGAUUUGCUUACGCAACCGGAGAUGACGCCAGUCCUGAAAGGGAGUUGCCGCAUACAAGGACCUGUGGAUGAAGGGGACCUUGACAUUCAGACGAAUACGAGAUCAUCUCAAGCUGAGAAAAGAUUUGUUAGGAAUUUUCCAAGUGAGAACAUACAAAUGAAGGUGGAAUCUGGGACAUGUAAUGUAUGCUCAGCUCCCUGCUCAUCAUGUAUGCAUUUUAACCGAGCUGUCUCCUUCAUGGCAUCAAAAACUGAGGAUGAAUUUUCAGAUGAAACAUGUCGGGGAAAGGUAGCUAGUCGGUGUUCUUUCAACGAUGCUGGUAUGCUACCUUCUUUUAAGAGCAGAGCAUGCAGUGAUCAGCAACCUACAGCCAGUGAAACUAGUAACUUACUCAGUGCCAGUUCAAGUCAUGAUUCAUUUUCUGAAAACGCUGAAAGUAAAAUGGCUUUGAGAACAUCUGAUGCAUCUGGAGAUGUUGAGAUGCUUCCAAAACACUCGUUAGGUGGAAUGAAUGGUCAAGAUCAGCCUAUUUCCAAACCUGUUUCAGGUCAGAGAGCUGUAAUUUCAGCAGGCAGUCAUACUGCAUCUAAUUUAGACCAGGGAAUCUUCUCAAAUCAACAUCAGGAGUGCAAAGGUAUUGACUGCCAUGGCGAUAAUGUUUCAUGUGUUAGUGGAGCUAACGAUGCUGAUGUGCCAAAUGGUCACCAUAUUGUGGACAUGAACAGAAAGAAUGUAUCAUGUAGUUCAGCUUCAGUUUGUAGCUUUCAUCCGGAAAGUGAAGAAAAGAAAGUUGAUGUUCACACUGCAGGAUGUCUCAAUGAUUUUCCUUGUGAAAUGGAAGAGAGCCAUAGUAACUCUAGGAGAUCAGGUAUACUCUUCAAAGAAUCUGUACAGAAGAAUAGUCCUGCAUUUGCAACUACUCUGGUUUUUCCUCAUAAGACAGAUUCAUCGGAGUAUACUUUCUCAAAAGAUGUCUAUGCUAGCAAUUGUUCACCAAAACUACAGACUCCAUAUUCUCCUUUUCACAGUGGUAAAGCAAUCUUUUGUGAUGCAGAUGCCAAGGAUCUAGAAGAGAACCCCUGUUCUCAUCUUCGAGGAGAACCUUCUGAAUGUUCGAUGGAACAUGUAGAGUCGUCAUUGGAUAGAGUGGGAAUUAGUGAUUAUGAUGCUGGCCAGAAAACAACUGCAUUUAACUGUGCUGCCAUUCAUUCGAAAUUAGAAAAAAGUAAUCCUAGCCUUGAUAGAAGUCCUUCAGCUUCAAUGAAGGUCUAUCCAUGCUUGGAAGCUGAAGGUGCUACUGAUUGUGGGGAUCCAGAAACUGAAGCUGUGAAAUGCUCAGAACAAAAUGGACAAGUUGAGAAGCCCUGUGCUUCACCUGAGGUAGCUGAUAUGCAUGACCCAUCAGUUCAGUCUCAGCCCAUUGAUGAGAGUGAUGGAUCAGAUAUUGAGGAGGAUGAUGUAAAAGUUUGUGAUAUCUGUGGGGAUGCAGGUCGUGAGGAAAUGCUUGCCUUUUGUAGUAGGUGCAGUGAUGGGGCGGAACACACUUAUUGCAUGCGAAUAAGGCUUGAUAAAGUUCCGGAAGGUGAUUGGCUGUGUGAAGAAUGCAAGCUCAAGGAGGAAGCUGAAAUACCAAAACAGGAUAAGUUGGAAACAGCAUAUGGUACCUCAAAAACAACAUGCUUGAAUGAAAAUGAUCAAUGUGGAGGUACAGGUACAGUCAGUUCUAAGCUGCUUCCAAAAUUGGAUGUCAAAGAAGCAAAGUUGGAAGUCAAAGAUACACAUGCUGAGGGAAGCAAAAUGAGCUCAAGUCAUCUUCUCCCUGCUAAGCGUAAAUCUGACAAUAUUGAAAUUGCGUCAUCUGCAAAAAGGCAGGCUCUUGAAACAAGUGUUGGUUCACCAACAACCUCCAGCCCAGGAAGAAAAGCUGUUCUGUCUCGAGAGAGUUCAUUCAAGAACCUGGAUAAAGGAAAAGUUAAGCCAUCCCAGCAAAUGCCUUUGUAUGGUAACCACACUGCUAAUAAUUCUCAGGAUACUGCAGACUCUCCUACAACUUCCGGUCAGAACUCAUCAAGGAUCCAAUCGCGACUUCAGUUGCCUCGGGGAACUCUGUUAAAGUCAAAUUCAUUCAGCACUUCAAGUGCAAAACCAAAAGUAAAAUUGAUACAGGAUGAUGUCCCUCCAAAGCAAAAACUGGCCAAAGAGGUUGCUGCGAAUGACUCAAAAAAGGAUGGAAUUGUCAAGACACUUGGCAAAUCUAUGUCCUUCAAGACUACUCUAACAGGCCGCUCAAAUGCAACUGAAGCAAAAGUUAAAAUGCUCCCUUCCCAUUUAAACCGAACUGGUGAUCUGAGAGGAAUUAAACAAGCGAAAGAACGUAAUUUGGUUGAAAGGAGGAGUUCUUUUAAAUUGGAUCGCCCACUUGGAUGUUCACCAACUGCUCUUUCCAGUGUGUCUAAUACAAAGGCUGAUCAAAAGACUCCAUCUCGGGCUGAAACUAUGCCAUCACAUUCCUCUGCCAACAACUACCGUGAUCUGAAGGCUGUUCAACCUGAUGGAAAGUUGAAUGCUUCAAUGAAGCCAUCAAGUCUUCUUGGAAAUAGAGGAACAGAGUCUCCACAUGGUUUGGCUGGAUCUAGUGAAGGCAAGAGGCAGACCUCAUCUUCAUCCAGUGUUCUCGGAAGUCCACCUUCUAAUGUAAGGGGAACUUCUGCUGAACUAAAGUCAAGACAAGUUAACCCCAAGGAAGAACCUUUGUCAAGUUCUAUGUGGAAUGGUGAUAAAUCGGGCAGCAAACCUGAUGCAAUCAUGCAAGAUGGCUUCCCUCUAUCUCGGGAGUCUACAAACCAGGAAGUAAGAGCUAAGGAGCCUCCUGUCAGUCGCUCAAGGCCAGUUGGAGGUCCAAAAGUACGAUGUAACAGAUGUAAAGAAAUAGGCCAUGCUGCACAGUUUUGUCCCAUUGGCAGCCCUCGGGUUUCUGUUCUGGAAGCUUCUUCUCCAAGAAGUUCAAGGGAGCUGACGAGUAGAAGUAAUAAACUGAAAGAGUCUGUUGAAGCUUCUGUACUUAAAAAACCUGGAUUAUACAAAAAGAACAAAUUGCAUGAUCAAUCUGAUGAGUUAUCCAUGUCAAGUGCUGAUUUGAGCUGUGAAGCGGUUCCUAGAGACCAAUUAUCAACUUCUUCAAGCUGCUUGAGGAAUUUGAACUUUGGUGAAGGGAAACAGGACGGGCAAGAGAUUAUGGGGAGCUCUGCUGCUGACUCAAGUAAAACCACUAGCAUCAAUGAUGUGAAGCAGCAUUUAGUAUCCCCAAAGGAGGCGCUAUUCAUUUCCAAAGCAGCAGAAUUUGAUGCUGCCACCACUUCGAUUGGGAAUAAAAUGAUGCCUUUCAUUAGAGAGUCUCAUAGUCUAGCUUCUGCAGGGGUUGCUCCAUCAGAGUUUUCAGCUAUUCCAGAGCACGAUUACAUAUGGCAUGGUUGUUUUAAGGUGCAGGGGAGUGGGAUGCUUGCCGAACUCUGUGAUGGAAUUCAAGCACAUUUAUCAACUCGAGCAUCACCCAAAGUUAUUGAGGUAGUGAACAAGUUUCCUUCUGAAGUCCAGAUGGAAGAGGUACCUCGUCUGAGUACAUGGCCAGUACAAUUUCAGGAACACCCUGCCACAGAAGACAACAUUGCUCUUUACUUCUUUGCCAAAGAUCUUGAGAGCUAUGAGAGGAGCUACAAGAGCUUGCUGAAUAAGAUGAUUAAUAAUGAUCUAGCUCUCAAAGGAAAUUUUGAUGGCAUUGAACUUCUUGUUUUCCCUUCAAACCAGCUAGCAGAGAAAUCCCAGCGUUGGAACAUGCUAUUUUUCUUAUGGGGUGUUUUUAGGGGAAAGAGGGUCAAUUGCCUGGAGUGUUUACCUGGCUGUGAAAAGAAGCUUUCUCAAGCCAAUUCAAAUGUCGUUCCGUUGGAUCAAGAUUCAUCAGAUCAUGUCAUGCCUGUAUCUCAGAUAAAUUGUUCCUCUGGUCAAAUGGAUGAGUUUUUAUCCUCGUGCAAAAGGUCAUCUGGUACACAAGAAGCAGUUAAAUCCACUGUCUCAUUAGAAUUACCAUUUUCUGGAGUGGAUUUAAACUGCGAGGCGAAUGUAUCUUCUCCUGCUCCAGAGUCUUUGGUUUUUAAGAAAGAUUUUGAUGAGCACGACAGUGGUCUCAGCACCACUCCCUUGUCAAGGAUUCAAAGUGAUGUCCAAUGCACUGCAGUGAAAAGCAAUGGCUUGCUACUGGUAGAGCUGAUAGAUCUAGAAAGCAAACCAGAGGUAGAGCAUCAACCAGUACAAUUAAAUAGACAGAAUGGCUCCUUCAAUAAAGGUGAAAUGGUGCCUACAGGCCCUGAACAGUGGGGUAGCUCUAUUGAUGGACAAGAUACUUUGUCUCCAUCAAAGAAGUUUCCCAUUGAUACAUCUCUGGCUCAAGGUGUUGGUGUGAGGAGCGCAGGCAAUGAGAAAAUCCAGGCCGGAACAAAUGAUCGCAGUGGAGAUCGAGUGCUAGUUCAGAAUAAAAUGAAGGAUGGGGGAAUAGUGGACUUGGAAAUUGCUUGUGAGGAAAAGACACCGAGUGACACGUUGGAGAAGAAAUGCAAUAGUUGGGAGUCCAUCAACAGGAAACGUCCCCAUUCAGACUUCACAAAGAUGGUCUCACCAGCUUCUGGUGGAACCUCUAGUGCCAGAAGUUUAGCAAUUCCAUGGAAAGAACAGACGGAGUGUGUAGUGGUUGGUGAAGAAAGUGAUAGUAGGAAGAUGAAGCGGUGUUUCAGAGAACCAUUUGUUUGUAGUUAUUCUAAGGAUCAAAGUUCUUCAGGUGAUAGUUUUGCAUCCCUUGUACAUGGGCUAAACCCAAGUUUCCCUGUCAAGGAGCAGAGACACAGUGAUGCCUAUGAGGAUGUGAUGAUGCCUGAUAACCUAAUAGCUACUGAAAAGCAUUUAUUUCCCAUGGAUUUUGGUCCUGUACAAUCAGGCAACGAGGAUCAACUUGGGUCAGAAGACCCUAAUCUUGAGCUUGCUUUAGGGCCAAAACAGGGAAGACUGGCUCUGUUUGGGAAGACAAUCACUGAGAAAAAUAACAAGAACAAGCAUCUAGAAACACUGACAAAAAAGAAAGAUGAUGAUGAGAAUGGGGACACUGCAGCUUCUCUUGCACUCACUCUUGCUUUCCCCUUUUCUGAAAAGGAGCAGAUUGUGAGACCUGUUUCAAGGACAGAACAGCUUUUGCCUGAAAGGCGUCAAGUGAACUCUCCAUGGCUUCUAUUUGGUGGCUUCUCUGAUACUUAGAGAUGGUGCAAGCAGACUGUAAAUUAUGGCCCCCGCUUGGAUGCUCCCAAUGUAUACCAGGAUCAUCAAGGUCCAUGGUUGAUCUGUGCGAUCAAUCACUGAAACCCCACCCAUCUGUUUAUAGCAUCACAAAAUCUUUUUUUUUUUUUUUCUUUUCUUUUACUUUGGUUUCGGUUGUGAUAGUCACGGCUGUUUGUAUAUAAAGAGAAUGAAAGCCAGCCAAGUCCCUAAACGCCAGGCGGGGCAUUGCAAACGGAUAUCUGUAAGUUGGGAUUCCUCCUUUUUUUUUUUCCAGCUUUUAGUCCUUUAUCUGCCCCACUAAUUUCCAAUCAAGAAUAUAAACAUUCUUCAGAUGCUGAA